AGAGUCAGUCUCACCAGUGCAACGUUCCCAGUCAGACCAGCAAAGUUCUGACGCAAGUUUCUGGGGUUUACCAUUUAUGUUCUCAAAAUUAACAAGUGAAUAAAAGUGUAUUAAAAUUGUGAAGAAGCCAUGAAGUUCGUGGCAUAUUUAGGCUUGCUCUUUGGAGUGAUAGUGCUUGCAGAUGGAUAUACACCCUUUCGUAAUUGGGGAAAUCAAGCCUCGAAUUUGCCAAACUACACCAAUGAUAACAGACAAGUAGGACUUGGAUCGCGCAUUCAGGAUCAAAAUCAAAAUCAGAGACCUGGCCAAAGAAGGGGUCCUUACGGUGGAGAAUAUGUAUCAUCAACCAGUCCCUUUGAAAUUGUCUACGAAUGGAAAAUUUUUGAUUAUGAAUACCCAAGUACUACCGAAAGAAGAGCAGCCAUAGCUUCUGGAGAAUACAUUCAGGAAAAUACCAUGCCAUUGGGAAUUGAUGCUUAUGAGAAUCGCUUCUUCAUAUCGAUUCCACGAUGGAAAACUGGUACCCCAGCUACCCUUGUGUGGUUGGAUUUGCCAUCAAGAGAUAAGAGCCCGCUCUUGCGACCAUAUCCCAAUUGGAACUUCCACACUACUCCCACAAAUCCUGACUGCACAAAGUUCAUGUCAGUAUUUCGGGUUCAUGUUGAUGAUUGUGGCCGACUUUGGGCUAUUGAUGCUGGAAUGGUGAAUACAACAAGCACCCCUAAUCUCGUAUGUCCUCCAAAGAUUGUGGUGUUCGACCUUACUACUGAUAGAGUCCUCCUCAAUUAUCCCAUUCCACAAGACAUUGUCAAAGAGGAUUCACUCUACACAAGUAUCCUCGUUGAUAUUCGCAAUGGACAGUGUGAAGAUGCUCAUGCAUAUAUCACGGAUACUUGGCGUAGUGCUCUUUGGGUAUUCAGUUGGGCUAAGAAACGAAGCUGGCGGGCUAGUAACUACUUAAUGUUGCCAAAUCCACAUGCCUGUGAAUACAAUUUCCACAAUCAACUGGACUAUCAAUGGACUGAUGGGAUAUUUGGCACUGCUCUUGGGCUAGUUAAUUCACAGGGGGAUCGUCUCGUCUACUUCCAUCCAAUGUCAAGUUAUGCGGAAUUCUCAGUUCGAGCGUCUGUGCUCCAAAACGAGACUAUCUGGAGAGAAGGCAUCAAUGUCAACACUCAAUUCAAGCAAGUCGGCGAGAGAGGAACAAACAGUCAAUCUUCUACAUCCGGAAUUGAUCGGGAUGGUGUCUUGUUCUACACAUUAGUGAAUCAAGAUGCUGUUGGAUGCUGGGACACAAAUAAGGUGCUAGUGCCAAAUAAUAUACAUCACGUGGACCAGAGUCAGGUCUUCUUCUCCUUCCCCAACGAUCUCAAAGUUGACAAGGCCGUAGAUCAAGGUGUCUGGGUAUUAGCCAAUAAUCUUCCACUGUAUCUCUACACUGGUCUGGACUACAGCCAGGUGAAUGUGCGCAUCCUGCGGGCAAGCACUAAAAAUGCUGCAAAAGAUACAGCUUGUGAUCCUACAAGAAGAGGUGGCAAUAUUGCAUGGGGGUGAAUUUGAUAGUCAACUGACCUACAUAUUUUCUUUUUUGCGAAAGACUUUUUUAUGAUAUUCCUCAAUUACUCGAAUCAAUUAAAUAUUUACUUUGCAACAUGUAGCAUAUAUAUUUUUUUAUUAUUCCCAUAAACCAUAAAGAAUAAAACAUUCAAAAUAUGACCUCAAUGAACCUCUGUUGUUAUCGUCCAAAUUGCUAAAUUUUUGUAUCAUAAUGCUCAUAAAAACUUUUACUAGCAAUUUAAACUGCUUGACAUUUGUUGAAAAGAAAACAUUAGAAAUCCAAUAAAAUAACGAACCAUUGAAAA